UCAGGUCUCUCUUUACUCCCUCUCGUGCGCUCUCCGCCACGCACGCUGCUGCAGCAAGGAUGGAGGGCAGUGCCGUAGACGCUUCGGCGAUCGUCGGGCAAGCAGAGGGCCCCUUCGCCGUAUCGUACACGCGAAGAGAUCUCAUCAUCUAUGCCCUUGGGAUAGGAGCGGAGGCAAGGAGAUUUGUCGACGAGAACGAUGUCGCGUUCAGCGCGUUUCCCACCUACCCUUUGGUCUUGCCUUACAAGGGGACCUCCUCGGACGUUGUUCCUUUUCCUGGCCGAACGUUGUUUGUGCUCCCUCAAGCGCUCCGUGGUGUCGUGAACACUGGGGGCAUCCUGCACUACGACCAGUCAAUCGAUGUCUUUGAGCCGCUGGAUCCCAGAGGAGCGGAACUUGCGAGUCGUUCGGUGGUGUUGGGGGUUUACCGACGGAGAGGAGGCGUGCUGCUGCGAACCAAGACCACGCUGAAGGACAGGAGUGGGCGGACGUUGACGGAGACGACUCAGGGCACGUUCAUGCGAGGCCUCAAGAUAUCAGGCGACGUUGGCCCACCACUACCCCCGCGCGCGAACCCUCCUAAGGCCGCCCCAGACGUGGUAGCCGCGGUGACGGUUUCGCCCCAACAGGCACUAUGGUACCGCUUGUCCGGAGACUACAACGCCAUACACGUGGAUCCGGAGGCAGCGAAGGCGGCCGGUCUUGAGAGGCCUAUUCUCCACGGGCUCUGCUCGCUAGGUGUCGCUGCGCGGGAAGUAUUGCGGCAUUUCUGUCCAGAAGACCUGUCUUCGGGGCUAGUGUCUCUCUACUGCCGCUUCUCCAAGGCGGUGCUACCGGGUGAUGUCCUCGAGGUCAAGAUGUGGGGACGAGCCGCUUCGCAUGUGUGCAGUAGUGGCGGCGAUGUCAACGAUGCCGGAAACGAACGAAUGGGUUCAACGGUAGCAGGGACGGAGGGAGCACCACCAGCAGCGGGCGUAAACGGCGGUGUGGCGAUAGGAAUCGCGAAAGACGGACGGAGCAGCAGCAGCUUAGCCACCACCCACGCUCGACGGGGGCACCGCGGAUUAGCACCUCACCGAGUAGGGGUGGGGGGUUCUAGUACUCCUACCAAAGCGGCACGCAAGACCAAGGGGAGGUCACAGCAACAAGGGGUGGAGGAGAUUCGGUUCGAAGUUUGCUCGCCCAGACUAGGGGGUGCUGUUGUCGUCGCCGAUGGUAAAGCCGUCGUCAAGAGAGGGAAGAGGUUGGGGGAAAGGAUGCUCAAAGAGGAAGUGGGGGCUCCGCGAAAUCGAUCCAGAUUAUGA